CGAGCGCUCGAGCAGCAAGCAACACAGAAACAGCGAACAGGCUACAUCUCGGUUUUUACAACACACUCAUUCCGGUUUUGCCGGUUGUUAUGUUGUUGCGUGGAGAUAGACUUGAUACAUUUUCAGGGUUUCGUAAAAAGGAAUAUAUCUGCAUGUUUAAAUCCGGACGUUUUUUUUUCCAGCCCUGGGACAGCUCGAGCCAGGGGAUUCGGACCGGAGAGAGAGAAAGAGAGAGAGAACGACUCGCGCCUGUGUUUCCCUGAAGGAGCUCUCUGUAGAAUGGACGUGAUUGCAGAACGGAAACCAUGCUGAAAAAAAUCCAUAACUUUGUCUUACUUUGCACGGAGUUGAUAGUGAAGAUGACUUACACGUAAUUAUACAAUUUGCAUAAAGAAAGACUUUUCGCCAUGUUUAAUUCUUCCGUUGGUUACACUUGACAAUGAUCUUUGAACGCGCGCGCUCUUGUCAGUUCUUAUCAGUCCAGAGAGACUGCCGCUAAGGCAUAUUUUUUGGGGUGUUGAAUAUAUUCUAGGUUGCUUGAGAUUACACCCUGUGCGUGCGCUUUACCGAGCAGCGACAGCUCACCGUUCACUGGAAGUAGACCGGGGAUUAGCCUACAGAGCCCGCACUGCACGAGCAUGUCACGGAGCUAAGAACGGGACCUUGCCGUUUAAACCCCCGGUCCAGGAGAGGCACCUGCACUUCAGUUGACAUGACGGCGCUCGGCUGGCUGGCGUUCAGACUGCUCGCGCUCUGCCUCUUCCUCUCCGGUUCCCAAACAGCGACCCUGGCGAGUCUCGGAGAGUCGGACACCAUCUUGGGCCCCACGGACCUCAGGGGCGUGGCUAACUUUAGCACCCUCCUAUUGGACCGUGCCUCCGGCGUUCUCUUCCUGGGUGGCAGGGACGCCAUACUGGCUCUGAACACCAACAACCUGGACCAGAAGCCUCAUCUGAUUGUUUGGGAUGUUCCAGAAGAGAAGAGAAGGUCCUGUGUGGGAAAAGGAAAAACUGAGGUGGACUGCUAUAACUACAUCCGUCUGCUGGAGUUCCUGGGAGACGGGCGUGUUUAUGCCUGUGGGACCUACGCCUUCGACCCCCAAUGUGCCUUCCUGAACGUGUCGUCUCUGUCUCUGGAGAAGGGGGAGGAGGGGGGGGUGAGGAUGGAGACAGGGAAGGGCAAGUGUCCCUUUGAGCCCAGCCAACACUACGCUGCAGUCAUGGCAGAUGGUGUCCUGUAUACAGCAGCCACCAGUAACUUCCUUGGAACGUUGUUCGACAUCUCCCGGGCGACCGGCCCGGAGCAGGAACGCAUCCGUACGGAGCGCUCCAUCAACUGGCUCAGCGAUCCAGAGUUUGUAAGCUCCGCCUACAUCCAGGAGGCGGAGUCAGACCCGUCAGGAGACGAUGACAAGAUCUACUUCUUCUUCACGGAGGUGGCCAAGGAGUACGACCUCUACACCAAGGUCAAGGUGCCCCGUGUGGCUCGCGUCUGCAAGUCUGAUGUAGGGGGCAUGAAGACGCUCCAGCGCAGGUGGACCACCUUCCUGAAGGCCCAGCUGGUGUGCGAGGAGCGAGGCGGGCGGCGCUACACUGUGCUGACAGACGUGUUCACCAGCCAGCACACCCCUGGAGACCCAGCAUCCACACACUUCUACGGCCUGUUCACCUCGCAGUGGGAGCCAGAGGAACUGUCGGCGGUGUGUGUCUUCAGCCUCUCUGAUAUCACCAAGGUGAUAGACGGACCUUUUAAAGAGCUGAGAAAGACCUGCGAGAACUGGAUCAAUCCAGAACCAGUCCCAGUACCCAGACCAGGACAGUGUCUGAAUGCUGCUCUGAGGGCUGAGGGUUUCGAGUCGUCCCUGAAGCUUCCAGACAAGGUCCUGACCUUCGUGAGGGACCACCCCCUGAUGGAGAACAGUGUGGUGGCAGCGCCCCUGCUGGUCCGGAGGGGAAUUACAUACACCAAGCUGGCCGUCACCAGGCCGACCGUCGCCCAGGGAGACGGGAGCAACGCAGCAGUGCUCCAUCUGGGGACGGACCGAGGAGAGCUGCACAGGGUGUCAGUGGUCGGACAGAACACCACUCUGCUGCAGGAGAUCCCGCUGUUCUCCGCUCAGGAACCUGUGAACAACAUGCUGCUACACAAGGGGGACGUGCUGGUGGGCACCCCUCUCUCCCUGGCGCGCGUGGGGGCGGAGGGGUGCAGGCUGUACCCCAGCUGUGAGGUGUGUGCCCGCGCCCGCUCCCUGGGGUGUGUGUGGAGGAGCAAGGAGAUGGCCUGUACCUCCAGCCUCUCUGGAGCUGCGGGUGAGGAGCAGGGUUCAGGUGAGUGUGGGGAGCUCCAGGGGGUCUGCUCCCCCCCCCUCAGGGAGCUGCGAGUCUCCCUGGGGCUCCGCCUCCUGCUGCCCUGCGUCCAGGUGGAGCCCCGCCCCUGCUCCUGGACACACCCCUCCCACCGCCACGCCCGCCCCCCACCACGCCCACCUGGAGGUUACCGUGACUGCAGAGAGCCUGGGGACCUACACCUGCAUCUGCCAGGAGGCGGGACCAGACGGCAGAGGCUCCUCCCCCUGUCCCAGAGCAGCCUAUCACCUGAGCCUGGAGGAUCCCAGUAUGGGCGGAGCCAGGGCUCUGUCUGCAGGGCGCCACCUGCUGGCUCUGUACAUCCUGUGCUUCAGCGUGGGCGUGCUCAGCGGCUGCUUCCUGCUCUAUUUCCUGUCGCACCGCCGACGCGGCGACGGUCACCACGGUGACGCCUCCCUGUCCUCGGAGAAGGGGCGGGACCUGCUGGGCUCGUCGGCCACGCCCCAGUCUCCCAGCAGCGCCAGCUUGCUGUCCGAGGGCUUCCCGUUAACGGAGAAACGGAACGGCGCCAUCGGGGGCGGCGGCCACGGCAACGGU